AUGCCCGGAGACAGCCACCUAGCUUACGAGAUUCCAGGCGCCGAGUGCCAGAGAGGCUGGCACCUGCCGUGUGCCCUGUGUGGGUGCACCAAGAAGUUCGGCAUCGUCGAUAGAUAUGGGACCCGCUAUGGUGCCUCCCUCCGGAAAAUGGUGAAGAAAAUUGAAAUCAGCCAGCACGCUAAGUACACCUGCUCCUUCUGUGGCAAAACUAAGAUGAAGAGACGGGCUGUGGGGAUCUGGCACUGUGGUUCCUGCAUGCACACGGUAGCCAGUGGUGCCUGGACCUACACCAGCACUUCGGCUGUCACAGUGCAGUCUGCCAUCAGAAGACUGAAGGAGUUGAAAGACCAGUAG